GAUUGCAGCAUUGCUAUAACCUCUAGCAGUAUUGUGGGGCUAUUUCCUGUUUUUGAACUAUAUGGGGUGGGGGACAAAAUAGGAUAAAGGUUUAGGUUGUAGCUCCUAAACUGAUGGUUUUGGUAACUUGAGUCAGAUUUGACUCCUGGUUUCUAGAAGGGAAAGAUGGGUUUAGGUAAUAUUCCCUUGCAACUCUAGCUCUCAAUCAGUUCUGAACCAUUGCUCUAGCAUGGUGUUAGAGGGCACCAUCUUUCAGAUGAGAUGCAAAACCCAGCUCCUGAUCCUUUUCACCAAAGAUUCCCGGGCAAUUCAAUUUUUUUGGCUACAAUAGGAGUGAUACCCUCAUAUCCUGGCAACACUCCAACUCAGAUACCCCAGAUAAGCUACGCUUCCACUGCCCCUGACCUGAGCGACAACAGUCGGUACGACUUCUUUUCCCGCGUUGUGCCCUCCGACACCUACCAGGCCCAAGCCAUGGUGGACAUAGUCAAGGAGCUCAAGUGGAAUUACGUCUCCACCUUAGCCUCCGAGGGAAGCUACGGCGAGAGUGGGGUGGAGGCCUUCAUCCAGAAGUCCAGAGAGGAUGGGGGAGUGUGCGUGGCCCAGUCGGUCAAGAUCCCACGGGAGCCCAAGGCAGGAGAGUUCGAUAAGAUCAUUCGCCGUCUCCUGGAGACCUCCCACGCUCGGGCCGUCAUCAUCUUUGCCAACGAGGACGAUAUCAGGAGGGUGCUGGAGGCGGCGAAGAGGGCCAACCAGACCGGGCACUUCAUCUGGAUGGGCUCAGACAGCUGGGGCUCCAAAAUCUCCCCUGUGCUCCACCUAGAGGAGGUGGCCGAGGGAUCGGUCACCAUCCUGCCCAAGCGUGUGUCUGUCAAAGGUUUCGACCGAUACUUCUCCAGCCGGACACUGGACAAUAACCGGCGGAACAUCUGGUUUGCUGAGUUCUGGGAGGACAACUUCCACUGCAAGCUGAGUCGGCACGCGCUGAAGAAGGGCAGCAACGUCAAGAAAUGCACGAACCGUGAGCGGAUCGGACAGGACUCCUCGUACGAGCAGGAGGGGAAGGUGCAGUUCGUCAUUGACGCUGUGUAUGCCAUGGGCCAUGCCCUGCACAACAUGCACAAGAGCCUGUGUCCUGGCAAGGUCGGCCUUUGCCCCAGGAUGGACCCGGUGGACGGCGUGGAGCUGCUCAAGUACAUCCGUAACGUCAACUUCUCAGGCAUUGCUGGGACUCCUGUGACGUUUAACGAGAACGGAGAUGCACCUGGCCGUUAUGACAUCUACCAAUACCAGAUCAAAAACUCCACCGCUGAGUACAAAGUCAUUGGGCAAUGGACCGAUCACCUGCACUUAAAAAUAGAGCGCAUGCACUGGCCCGGGGGGGCCCACCAGCUCCCCAGCUCCAUCUGCAGCCAGCCGUGUAAGCCGGGCGAGAGGAAGAAGCUGGUGAAGGGCAUCCCAUGCUGCUGGCACUGUGAGCGCUGCGACGGCUACCAGUACCAGCUGGACGAGUUCCACUGCAAGAUGUGCCGCUUUAACGAGCGCCCCGAUGAGAACCACACCAGCUGCGUCCCCAUCCCCAUCGUGAAGCUGGAGUGGAGUUCGCCCUGGGCCGUGGUGCCCGUCUUCAUCGCCCUCAUGGGCAUCAUUGCCACCCUCUUUGUGGUGGUGACAUUCGUGCGCUACAACGACACGCCCAUCGUCAAGGCCUCGGGGCGGGAGCUCAGCUAUGUGCUGCUGACGGGCAUCUUCCUCUGCUAUGCCACCACCUUUCUGAUGAUUGCCGAGCCCAGCAUGGGAACCUGCUCGCUGCGGCGUAUCUUCCUGGGGCUGGGCAUGAGCAUCAGCUACGCGGCCCUGCUCACCAAGACCAACCGCAUCUACCGCAUCUUCGAGCAGGGCAAGAAGUCGGUCAGCGCCCCGCGUUUCAUCAGCCCCGCCUCCCAGCUGGUCAUCACCUUCAGCUUCAUCUCUCUGCAGCUGAUGGGCGUAUGCAUCUGGUUCAUCGUGGAUCCCUCUCAUUCCAUCAUUGACUAUGAGGACCAGCGGACUACAGACCCCCUCUUUGCCCGGGGUAUCCUCAAAUGUGACAUUUCUGACCUGUCCCUCAUCUGUUUGCUCGGGUACAGCAUGCUCCUCAUGGUGACGUGCACUGUGUAUGCCAUUAAGACCCGCGGGGUUCCGGAGACCUUUAAUGAAGCCAAACCCAUCGGGUUCACCAUGUACACGACCUGCAUCGUCUGGUUAGCCUUCAUCCCCAUAUUUUUUGGGACGUCACAGUCGGCGGAAAAGAUGUACAUCCAGACCAUGACGCUGACCAUCUCGGUGAGCCUCAGCGCCUCCGUCUCGCUGGGCAUGCUCUAUAUGCCCAAGGUGUACAUCAUCCUCUUCCACCCGGAGCAGAACGUCCCCAAGCGCAAACGCAGCCUCAAGGCGGUGGUGACGGCCGCCACCAUGUCCAACAAAUUCACUCAGAAGGGAGGUUUCCGACCCAACGGAGAAGCCAAAUCAGAACUGUGUGAAAAUCUUGAAACGCAAGCUCUGGCAACCAAACAGACUUACGUCAGCUAUAGCAACCAUGCAAUUUAACUCCAGCUGAUCAUAACCACCCCGGGCUGAGUUGCUGGGGAGGAGGAGGAGAAGCCGGAGAGUUGAGUCGAAUUGCUCAUCACAAGAAGUUGGGGGGUGGGGAAGUUGGAUCCGAUUGGAAGAGGGCAUCGCGGGUGCCUAAUUCUACUGGCUGGGCUGGUGGACAAUGCUGCUUGGGAAGAUGGCCAUUAACGUCGGCAAAAAAACCAACCAACCAACCAACCGUCAAAACACACGCCUCUUGGGAGGAGGAAGAGGAACAACCGACCAGAGUGCACGUACAGUCGGGCAGAGGUGACAGACUUUAAUAAAUCUUUGGGGGAUUAUUUUCUGUAUCUUGGAAAAAUAAAAUAAAUUGCAGAUACCUUUUCCCUUUUCCA